CCGAUUCUACAGCAUACAACACUAUAUCGAUCGUAAACGGAGAGCGUGAGAAGGUUUGGUAAAUUACAUCGACUCUGUGCUGCAGAUUUGGUUGAAAUGGCUUCGAACAUUGUCGGUUCGAUUGAGCCCUACGUCCCUGGUGCUUCAUUCACCAAUUAUGUUGAGCGGUUAGGGUUCGUAUUUCAGUACAAUAAUGUACCGGAAAGCUCACAGAAAGCUUUAUUUAUAACGCUUAGCGGACCAGCAGUGUUUGAGGAACUCAAACUGCUGUAUCCGGCGAGAGACUUAUCCACCUUGCAAUACGCUGAGAUAAUUAAGAAAUUAAAAGAACGUUUUGAUAAAAAAGAAUCAGAUCUUAUACAACGAUUUAAAUUUUACAACCGCGUUCAAGGGGAAGAUGAGUCCGCAGAGAAUUUCGUUUUGGCUGUCAAGCUUCAAGCGGAAUUCUGUGAGUUUGGAGAGUUUAAAGACACCGCGAUUAGGGACAAGCUUUUGAUGGGAGUUUUCAACAAAGAUUUACAGCAGAAAAUGUUAAGCGAGGAAAAUUUGACGUUGGCUUCGGCGGAGCGCAUGUUAGUGAAUUGGGAGUUGGCAGGAUCGAGAGCAAGAAUGAUAAGUGGUAGAACAGAACAGGUGGCUUCGGUAAAAAACAGAUUGGGUAGGCGAGAUGAAUAUUUGAACGAACGAAAUGGUAGAAAUAGAAGCAGAAGUAGAAGUAGGUCAGGUUUUCACAUGAGAAAUAGAAGCAGGAGUAAUAACAGAGAUAGAAGUAGGAGCAGAUCGAAAAAAUAUAAUUACAACAAACAGGUAGUCUCUUGCUAUUUUUGUGGAAAACCAGGACAUAUUUUGAAGAGAUGCUUCAAAUACAUCAACAGUCAACGCAAACCAACUGUUCGUUUUGCCGAUGAGCCGCAACCAGGCACUAGCGCUGAAUCUAACUUGGAACAAUUGUUUAGCAGAUUCAAGCCAAUGUUGGACGAUUCUUCAGAUGACUCAGGUGAAUUCACAUGUAUGAUGGUUUCAAACAAAACAAAUUUUAAUGAGCCCUGUUUGAUUGAUGUAAAAAUUCAAGAUCGUUUUGUUAAAAUGGAGGUUGACUGUGAUUUUUCAUCUCCUAUUGUUGGGUACGAGGCAGAUUUGGUGCUGAAAGAGGAUGCACCUAUAUUUAAAAGGGCUUAUGAUGUGCCAUACAGGUUGCAAGAUAAGGUCAUAGAGCAUUUAGAGAUGUUAGAACAGCAAAAAGUUAUAACACCAAUUAAGACUAAUCAGUAUUGGAAACGUGGUGCUAAAGGCACAUCGCGAGCAAUUGAAGGUCCCAAAAACAACUAG